UCGUGAGAUAUCAAUUUGAACACUCGAAGAUAUAUUCCAUAUCUACACGUGCCCAUGUACUAUCCUCUAUUUUCUAGGAAUUGAAAGGGUGCUUAUGGCCUUGUCAUGCAUAAUUUGCUGGCCAUGGCGUUUUUCCAUUUUCUUUUAUCGUUUGGCGUAGAUAGUUGCUGCUUUGUUUUCAAUAACCGGUCUCUCUGGAAUGCCGAGCUCUUUACAACAUUGUGUAGCUUCUUUCGCGACAGAGUAGAUUUUCUUCCUUUCAGUCGUAACUUUUUACUAAUUGGAAGAGUGGACCAUCUUUUCCUGUCAAAUAUGCAUUAACCUCUAUGGUGGUGGUUUUAACGGACAAUUUGAGUUCAACUGUUAUUAUACAGCAGUUAAAAACUUCUGUAUGCUAUCCAGACGACCAAGACGUAAUUGGUGUGCGUUCUCGUUAUUCUCAAACACAAUCACCUUUCUAAAACCAAUUUUCUUACCGUUCACAGACUUGGCAGUUAUCAUGGCAGACCUCCGUAGCAAGCUCCAACUGGUUCUUGAAAGAGUCGAGGACUUCCUGAAAAAGGGCAUCGGAGAAUCAACCGAGGAAACUGAAAAACGACUGGCAACACUCCGUGAAAUUUCUGAAAUCCUAGCAGGUAUUAUCGCAGAAAAAGGCCAAGUUCAGGAAGAGGCAUUCGAGGGGAACCAGUGCAUAGUACUCAUAGUGAGACUUAACGAAAUUCUCCUUUUUGGGCUUUACAUUGAGUGUCUGACUCAGCUCUCCAACCGGUCCAACAUGGUCAAUGAAAUGGAGAACAAACAGAAAGAGGAUAAAUCGAGUGCACUUCCUGAAUUCAUGCAAGUAAAGUACGAUCAAGUUAAGUCCUACCUGGAAAAAGCCGAAGGGCAACUAAAGAAAAUCGAUGAAACGCUUUCUGAGCUGUUGCCAAAGGUAAAGGAGGCAAAAAUAAACAAAUUCGAAAUCCCAGAUAAGGAGAUCGCUGCUUUGGAAAUGGAUAAAGAAGAUAUCGAGAAUGAGUUACAGACAUGCAAGAAGUACCUGGACAGUGCCGAGGAAAUGCUCAGCAAGCUGAAGGAGGAUAUAACAUCAGAAACGUGGAAGUUUGGUGUCAAGGUGGUAGGAGCAUCUGCAGGAGUUGCGGCAGUAGUAGCUGUUGGCGGUGUCCCGCUAUUUGGGGCGGCAUCAGCUCCCCUGGCCGUCGCCUUCUUGGUGUGGAGAGGUUGGUUUCCUGAGAAAAAAUAUUAUUUCAAGUUACUUUUGAGUUUUCGUAAUCACUCAUGUUUAAUGCAAGAAAGUGACCACAUAAAACUGACAUUAAAAGAAAUUCGCUGUAAAUUUCUUUGCUAGUGACUUUAGCUCUGCCUAUACCAUAAUUACAGUUUCCGCAUAUGAAACACAAUGAUGGAACCUUUUACACGGAGUCGAGUGUAACAUGCUUUUCAACUUUCGUCAGUUACUUCAUUACUUAAGCCUAGCUUGUUUUAAUUCUCAGGAACCGUUCAUUUUUAAUCGAUCGGAGGGGGGAAUGGAUGAGAAGUUAAGAAACCCCUAUUUGGUUCCGAUUUUUAGGAGCCUCUACUCUAUAUAUCGGUAAAAGUCGUCACAAACCACAUCAUUUUGCUACUUUACAGCUAUACAUGUGACAUUGAGAUGUAUAGCAGUUGUUCAGAAGAUCUUCUCCACAAAAGUUCAAGUUAACAGGUUCAUUUACAAGUUUAACAUUCAAACGCUCCUGAAUUUUGCCUAUUCUAUGGGGAUAUUCGAAUGAAUUUGAUAGGUACCAAGGGAACAUUCUCUCAUACUAUGUAUGAAGAGUUUCUAUUAAUACAAAUCUUAGGGUUAGAAUGUCAACUUCUCUAACACGAUCUAACUUACUAAUUGUCCGCUGACACCAAUGUUAAUGACCAAAGUUGAAGAUGUUUUUCUAAAAUGAGUAUUUCUUAGUUUUCUCUAUCCUAACCAACUUUAAGUAGUCUUUUUAGUUCGUUUUUCUAAAGAGAUAACAAAAAAUGUCUCAAUGGGUAUUCCGCUCUCACUCAUGUUGGGAGAAACUGCAUUGAUAGGUACAAAAUACACUCUUACAGAAUCCUAUGCGAAACAUUCUACGAGCGCCCUAAAAAACUGAUUUCAAGAUUCAAGACCCCACAUAGUAGCUAGCUAAAAACAUUCAGAAUCUCUUACUAAGAGAGAAAAUGAUUUUCUCACCCAGUUCCCCUCUCCAAUAAAUAAUGAGCGUUUCCUGAGCAUGCACUCCAGUUGAAUAAACUACAGAAUCUGGAAACAGCUGACGAAAAAUAUUUUCUGUUUUACAAACAAAAGCUACCUGCUAAGGCAGAACUUCUGUUUUUCACCUUUUGUCGGAUGCAGAAUAAAGAUUAACAAUGUCAAAACCGUUACUCGGAGAUGAAAUCGGUUAAAACAAAAAGUAAACAUGCGUUAACGAGUAAAAGAGAGGCUCUCCAUGGGUACAAACGGACUUCCUUUCCAUGUAUUUCUUUUUUCCUUUUACAAGUUACUUCUAUAUUUUCGGCAGUUGCUAUCUUCAUUAUCCUGUGAAGGAUUUGUACAUCGCCAUUCCUCAGUCACUUCUUCGAUACGACGUCCAGUGACGUGCUUUCAUUUAGAAACGUGACCGGAUGGUUGUUGUUCCAGUGAUCAAUAUUUAAACGUUACAAAUUUGCUUAAAUUGGUAUCAAUUGAUGCGCACUGUUUUCAUCGAAAUCAGAGGCUAGAGGCAUGCAAACUCAGUUAACCGCCCUGGGACGAGGGCGGGGGGGUGGGGCGCAGGGGGGCGGUGCUCGAUAGCCUUGGAUAGUUGGAUAGUUAAGUGAAUUCAAAACUUUUCUUUGACUGCCAAAUUGAAAGAGAAUGUAGAAUGAAUCCAAUUUAGCUGUCAUUUGAAAUGGUAAUACCUUUCCAAAAUCUGAUAGUGUAAAACCAUGAAUCCCAUGAUGAUGAUGCCUUUUAUUACUCCGUCUCGGAGCAUAGGCCACAGAUAAAGCGCCUCCACCCUCCUCUGUCUCUGGCCAUCUGUUCAAUCUGAUUCCAGGUGUAGCCUGAUUCCAGGUGUAGCCAUUAUAUAUUUAAAUAACGCGGCUUUCCAAGGCUUUCCAAAAGACAGUCAACGUGUGUUUUGGUGAUAAGGCGUACACAAAAUCAUUAACCUAAACAUAACUGAUUUGCAAUAUCGCCUGCAGUUUGUUGAACUUUUCCCCGACCUUUCGUAGAUUACAUGGUAUUUUGGCUACGCUACUAUUUGCAAUCUCAGCAUGAACUUCGUGAUCGCUUUGCGUUUCGUUAAGGCAGUCAUUGGAGAGCCGCUCUGUUAUCUUGUUAACAGCUGUCACAGCUAGAAUAGAUAAAUAAUUGUUUCAUCCAAUACAAUUAAAGCGGUCAAUUGCGAACAGUUGACUGGUUUAGGGGGUGCACUAGGGCUCUAAAUACCCGCUUCACGUCACGUUUGCUCUCAGUUCCCGCCCUAGAUAGUGUAAUGCAACUCAGUCGAGAAUUUUUCCUAGUUCUUACCUCUCCCGCCACCUUGGGAACUCCGGGUUUCCCCAUUUCGGUUUUCCUUUCGGCCUCCUCCCGCAGAUUCCCUUGUACAUCCUUCUCCUCCACUCAAUACUGUUCAGCUUGACCAUAUGUAGUUUGUAAAUCUGCAAAUCGCAGAAUGUGGAGGGGAGAAACAUGUCUGGUACAUAUUGUUUGCUUAUGCUUGAAUUGACUGGCCUAGUAGGGUACAAGUACAGUACAGUAUGUGUUACUAAUCCCAUCCUCGAGAUCAACUGCGUGCUACAUGCCGGGUACUUCAGUGAUGUUUGCUAAAAACUGCAUGUGUUUCUCCGACUGGUGUUAGUCGGUUGUUUUAUGUCUUGUUGAGUUUUUUUAAAAUAGAUUCAAUCCUGUUUAAUUCCUGAUAUUUCAACCGAAAGAUUGAAGAGGUUUCCUCUUGUAAGGGAAAGAAUCUGUAUUUAGAACUUUACUUAAAAAUUAGUUAGAACUCCAUUUAAGGACAGAAAAUUGGCUUAAUUCAUGUAGCAAAAAGUGAGAGUUUUAUUGAUUUGUAGAAGACAGGAUUUAAGUAGCGUUUUCUUAUUAUUCAUUCCAUUACAUUUACGAUAUACGAUUUAAUUGUGGGUUUUAAAACUGAGAGCUAUUCUUCUUCGUACCUUAAGCUCUUGUUAAGGUUAAUCUAUUUUAGAUUUCAUGAUUAAGAAUGUACAGGUUCAACCCUUUCAGUGCCAAGUAUAAUCUACGUUUCAUUUCUCCUUAAGAUAUCGAUACAUUGUCAAAUAGAAAGGUAACGAGAAUGAAAAAGUCUCUGAAUGAAUUCUAAAGAAAGACUCGGCUAUCAACUGUGAGAAUUAAGAUUAAAAAAAGGAAGCUAUGAAAGGGUUGAAGAAUUCUUGGCAGUGUAAAACUAGAUAGUUAAAGAAUGGGCGUAGUAUUGAAAGGCUGAAUAUACCAACAGCCUUAUUGUAAGGUAUCAAGGCUUAACUGAGAAUAUAGACAUUUAUUAAGAAACAUUUAUACUGUAUUAGUAUCAUGUUAUGCGGUUAUAUAUUUAGAGAUUUUAACCUUCAGUACGGUAAUCUAUAUAGCCUGUUUUUCAACUACUUUUAGUUUGUAAGAAAAUGCUUGGCUUUAAUUAAAAGAAAGGUUCAG